AUGGCUCGGCUCAAGAAGUUUGAUCUAGGCGCAUAUGCGAAGAGAAAGCUGAAACCGCCGUUUCUUAUCAGCAUACGAACGCAGCUGACCGCUUUGGUUUGCCUUGUCGCGCUGCUGUCACUGAUCAUCUUAGCGGUGAUAACAGGCGUGUACUUCACCUCAAGCUUCAAGUCAAUGAGAGCAGAAAGACUUUAUGUAGCCUCACAGCUCAAGGCUUCGCAAAUUGACCAGAACCUGUAUUAUCUUUACUACCAAUGCUAUUAUCUGUCUACAAGAGACGUCCUCCAAAAUGCCUUAACGCAAUAUUUGGCAGGAAAUACGACCACCGAAAACUGGGCGGAUGCCGUUACGACGCUGGAUAAGUUUUUGGGGUCUUCAAAUCUUUUCAGUCUCGCGCGAGUAUACGACUCGAGCUUUCAAGAUGUUCUCAACGCAUCCAACAAUGCGUCCGGAAAUUUGGUUCCAGAAAGUGUGCUUACCCAGCUGUUUCCUUUAUCCACAAAUGUGUCUCUGCCGUCUUCGUUAGAGGUGAAAGGUAUGCUGACAGACCCAGUUUUGAAUGACACGGGAUACUUAAUGUCGAUGUCUCUUCCUAUCUUCGCCAAUCCUUCCAUUAUCCUCUCGACGUCAAAAGUUUACGGCUAUAUCACGGUAGUCAUUUCUGCAGAAGGGCUUAAGACGGUUUUCAAUGACACAACAGCAUUAGAAGAUUCAUCGGUAAUCCUAGUGUCAACUGUGUAUGAUAACCGCGAGCUUGCUGGAUACCACCUCGUUUUUCCCCCUUACGGGAUGCCCUCUGAUAUCAUUGACAAACGCUAUACCAUUGGCAAUGAUUCUUUUCUCAUGGACGCUUUCAAGCAAAGCAAGGGCGGAUCCAUCAAAAGCACACAUUUUUUGUACAGCAAGGCAGUAGCUAUCGGCUACUCACCCUGCUCGAGUGACCUUGUUCAGUGGGUUGCUAUCAUUACACAGCCAGAAAGUAAAUUUCUUUAUCCGUCAACCCGGCUGGCAAGGAUUAUCGUGGGUACAUGCGUCGCUAUCGCCGUUGUAACAUGCGCUGUAACAUUCCCGCUUUCUCACUGGGCUGUACAGCCUAUCGUACGCCUGCAAAAGGCUACUGAAAUUAUAACCGCCGGUCGAGGUUUAAGAUCAGAUAACGGCAGUACUCUCUACAGCCACAAACGAAGUAGUACAGCCGAGUCCUUUAGUUCAGCUCUCCAUCCCGCUUCUAUAAGGCGUUCUGGGUCUGUUGCAAGGUCGUCCAAACACAAGUAUAUACCCGAGAGCGCAAAGGGAACGUUGAACAAAAAUGAUUUUGAGGAGAUACAGCCAGAUGGUAUCGAGAAUAACGAGGAUGCUGCGCUGCAAAAGGUUCACUCUCCAACGCCAGGGUCCUUGUUUAGUGAACAAAGGUCAGCGAGGUCCGAACGUUACAUUACCUCAACAAAUCUGAUAGAAGCUAGAGUUCCAACUUACAACCGACUUUUUUCUGACGAAUUAUCUGAGUUGACUGAAACGUUUAACACAAUGACUGACGAGCUCGACAGGCAUUAUGCACUUCUCGAAGAUAGAGUGCGGGCUCGAACAAGGCAGCUUGAGGCUGCGAAGAUAGAAGCGGAAGGUGCUAAUGAAGCAAAAACGGUCUUCAUAGCAAAUAUAUCUCAUGAGCUGAGAACUCCACUGAAUGGUAUCUUGGGCAUGACAGCUAUUGCAAUGGCGGAAAAUGAUAUGCAAAAGGUAAAGAGCAGCCUAAAAUUGAUUUUCCGCUCAGGGGAACUGUUACUUCAUAUCAUGACUGAGCUGCUGACUUUUUCGAAGAAUGUUUUGAAGCGCACCAAACUAGAAGAGAGAGAUUUUACUGUCCAUGAAAUCGCACUUCAAGUUGAAUCUAUUUUUGGGAAACUAGCGAAGGACCAGCAUGUUAACUUGACCAUAUCAAUUAUUCCCAACGUUCUGAGAACGAUGGUGCUAUGGGGAGAUUCUAAUAGAAUCGUACAGAUUGUGAUGAACUUGGUAUCCAACGCACUCAAAUUUACUCCAGUCGAUGGAAGAGUAAAUGUCAAGUUUACGCUUCUUGGGGAAUAUGAUGAGUCCAAGGCCUCCAAUGGAUGCUUUGAUAGAGCGGCUGUUGUGCCCAUACAAGAGUCCGAGAAGGAAAGCUCAACUUUGGGACCUACUGAGAAAGGGGGAAUCAAAGACGUAACUGAAUCCGCGUCCAGCUCGAACGCAACUUGGCCUCCAUCACCCUCAACUUCAGAGACUUCAAACGGAUCAAAAGCUGAAACAACAUCAGGUAAAUUGACCGAAAGCUCUGAGGAAGACGAAAAAGAGGAGAAGCUGGACCAUGAUGAUAAAGACGAAGGCGAUGAAGAAAGUGAAGAGGAAGAAUACAGGGGCGAAGCAGAGGUGAGUGGAAAAGAUGACACAAACAACGAAACGCAACGAGAAGACAGUAAUGAAAACCAAAACGAAGACGCGAGGUCUAUAGAGUCAGAAAAUGCUAGCUCGUACGACGACGCUAUAUUCCAUUCAAGACUUCGCAAAGGCAACAGUGGAGAAAACGAAGACGGUCGUCCUCUUGAACACCCCAGGAGAUUGGCGAUAGCUAUGGAAGUGCAAGAUACUGGUCCUGGUAUCGAACCUGCUUUACAAGAAAGUGUUUUUGAGCCAUUUGUUCAGGGCGACCAAACGCUGUCUCGCCAAUACGGAGGUACUGGGUUGGGAUUGUCGAUCUGCAGACAGCUGGCAGCGAUGAUGAAUGGAAGCAUGUCACUUGAUUCUAAAGUUGGAGUUGGGAGCAAGUUUACGUUUACGGUUCCGUUGACGCAGACGAAAGAACUAUGUUUCGAAGAAGACGAAAACCCAUUUGAAGAUGAAUUCAACCCCGACAGCAAGAAGAACAGGAAAGUCAAAUUUAAGGUGAGCAAAAACAAUAAACGCAAAAAAUCGCAUUCAUCCUCCUCGGGACAAAACAGCAGCGUCGGGACCCCAACCGUAUCAGAAAGUGAGGUGAGCGUUGGAAGUGUACGUGUCGAUAGGCCGUUCUUACAGAGUACCGGGACAGCCCUAUCUACUAGAAGCGUCACUACCACAUCUGUAGCUAACAAGUGCAAAGUGCUUGUUGCUGAGGAUAACAAUGUCAAUCAAGAAGUGAUAAAGCGCAUGCUAAACCUGGAAGGGCUGGAUGACGUGGAUUUGGCAUGCGAUGGCCAGGAUGCGUUUGACAAGGUUAAAGCCAGAAAUGAAGCAGGCAAGUUUUACGAUCUCAUUUUCAUGGACGUGCAGAUGCCCCGGGUGGAUGGCUUGUCGGCUACACGCAUGAUCCGUAAUGAAUUAAGCUACACGCACCCCAUAGUGGCACUAACGGCGUACGCCGAUGACAGAAACAUUAAAGAAUGCAUAGACGCUGGCAUGAACGGUUUCCUCGCAAAACCUAUCAGAAGACCCAAGAUCAAGGAGAUUUUGAGUGAGUACUGUCCGACUUACUUCAAGGCGGACGGCGAGAAGAAAGGCAAAACGGAAGGCCAGGCUUGA